ACUUGUAGAGGUCUGCGCAAUGUCUCGAAUCCACCAGCCCAACUACUGUUGUCUGUACUCUAAAGCAGCCGCAUUGUACUGUACCACUGCAUUUAUGUAUGACUGUAACCAAGGCAACAAACAACAUAAGGAACAGAAUGGACAGAUUAGUCGACUGGGUGUGAAUCAAAUCCAGGCUUCUUAAUACGCACAUAAAUCUUCCAAUUAGCUGUUCUACAGAGGGAACACUACACAGGUCUUUUUGGGAAGCUUCUGACUUCUCCGGCUUGUGUCUUUGUGGAGGUGUUUGACAGGGCAGGAGCAGCCAUGCCAUUUGGCUGUUUGACUCUGGGAGAGAAGAAGGACUACAACAGUCCUUCAGAGGUCACUGAUAAGUAUGACCUGGGACAGGUAGUAAAAUCGGAGGAGUUUUGUGAAAUCUUCAGGGCGAAGGACAAGAACACACUGAAAAUGUACACCUGUAAAAAGUUCCUGAAGAAAGACGGGAGGAAAGUACGGAAAGCAGCCAAAAACGAGAUCCUCAUCUUGAAAAUGGUGAAGCAUCAUAACAUCCUCCAGCUGGUAGAUGUCUUUGAGACGAGAAAAGAGUACUUCCUCUUUCUGGAGCUGGCUACAGGAAGGGAGGUGUUCGACUGGAUCCUGGACCAGGGCUACUACUCAGAGCGUGAUACUAGUAAUGUUAUCCGGCAGGUUCUUGAGGCUGUGGCGUACCUGCACUCUCUCCGCAUCGUUCACAGAAACUUGAAGCUGGAAAAUCUGGUCUACUACAACCGUCUGAAGAACUCCAAAAUUGUAAUCAGCGAUUUUCAUUUGGCCAAACUGGAAAACGGUCUCAUCAAAGAACCAUGUGGCACACCCGAGUACCUUGCUCCAGAGGUGGUCGGCAGGCAGAGAUAUGGCAGACCGGUGGACUGCUGGGCCAUCGGGGUGAUCAUGUACAUCCUACUGUCUGGAAACCCACCUUUUUAUGAUGAGACGGAUGAUGAUGAUUAUGACAAUCAUGAUAAGAACUUGUUCCGGAAAAUUCUGUCUGGAGACUAUGAGUUUGAUUCACCCUACUGGGACGACAUUUCAGAUUCAGCAAAAAGCUUAGUCGCUUGUUUAAUGGACGUGGACCAGGACCAACGACUGACCGCACAGGAAGCCAUCAAUCAUGAGUGGAUAUCUGGAAAUGCUGCCUCAGACAAGAACAUCAAAGAUGGCGUUUGUGCUCAAAUCGAGAAAAACUUUGCAAAAGCUAAAUGGAAGAAAGCUGUCCGUGUGACCACCAUGAUGAAGAGGCUCCGGGCUCCGGAUCAGAGUGACUCUGGAGCUUCCAGUCCAGCACUGGGAGCCUCAGGAGGACCCGUCACCCCCAGCACCACCCCUGUUCCUCUGGCUGCCACACCCGAGGCCUCGGCUUCUACCCGUUGCAAUGGAGAGAUGUUGACAUCCCAGCAGCGCAGUGGAGACAAUCGAGAGGAAUAGAAUGGCUGAUUACAUUGAGAAAUAUGGUGAUAAAUAGAGCAGCAUCUUCACAUGUUGUAAACACACAGGGUUUCUGCAGGUCUUUAAAAGGUCUUUCAAUGGAUUG